CUUUAUACAUUCUUUUCGCUUCUUUUAACCUAUUUGCGUUCGUUGUUUAAUUCUUUGUUAUUCAGUUACUAUUUUUAACAUACUAGCGUUCGCUUAUUUUUUUAUAUAAAUAUCAACAUUUUCGAAAUAUUAUCCUCUCUUUUUUUUAGAAAAAAAAAAAAUAUAUAAAAAUUAAUUUUAGAUUGAAUUAUUGAUUAAUUCAAACCAUUACUUUUAAACAAUGAAGGCUUUAACAUUAACAUUGUUGUUGUUAUUAUCUGUCACAUGUUUAACAUUGAUCAAAGAAAUAACAGCUCAAUGUUAUGAUUAUACGAAUGCAUUGGAUAUAAGUGCAAGAACUCCAAUAACAUGUAAUAUUGUUGAUAAUAUUAAAGAACCACCGCCACCAAUAGCUUCACCACAGCCACCAUCGUCAUCACCGCCACCAUCAUCAUCGCCAUCACUAUUACCAACAGCUUCAAUAUCGCCACCAGUUUCAUCACCUUUACCAUCAGCUUCAAUAUCACCACCACCAACUUCACCACUACCAUCAGCUUCUGCUAACUUAACAACAAAUAAUUUUAUAAUUAAUUAUAAAUGUGAAAUUGAGACAAAUCAAGAAUUAUGUACAAAGGCACAAAAGUCUAUAGAAAAAGUUUGCGAAUUGUUAAAAUCAAAUCUAAAUUUAAUUACAAAUAUUAAAGUUGACGUUACUUUAAGAAAUUUAUGUCCUACAGAUGCUAAACAACCAUGUAAUGAGUUAGGAGGAGCAACAUUUGCCAGAACCAUGGAAUUAUUAGAUGAUGAUAAUGUUAUUAGAGAAUAUCCAACAACACUUGUAAAACAAUUUGAUUGUGAACGACAUUAUGAAUUUGGUGAUGUUGAUAUACGCGCUAUAUUUAAUGGAGGGAAUGUUACUUCUUUAUGGUUUGAAGGAGAUCCACAAAUUACAAAAGAUCAAAAAGAUUUUAGAAUAAUAGUUUUAAAAGAAUUUAUUAAAGCGUUGGGUGUACAAACAAGUUUAAUAGAACAACCAAUUUUUUUAAACGUAACUCCAAAAGUUUUAACACCACAAUUAACUUUAACAGAUAAUGGUGGUGGUUUAGAAUUUAUGGGAUUUAAAGAAUACGCUUUUGAUAAAUAUUUGGUAUUUCGUGGUAAACAAGUUCAACCGGUUAAUGAAAAUAUUAAAUCACUUAAUGAUUUUGCUAAAGUACCAGAUAAUAAAUUUAAUGAUCAACAAGAAUUUGUAACAAAAUUCGUUCAAUCACAACAAAUCGGUGUAGCUCAAAAUAUGGCGAAUCUUUCUGUUACUCAAUUUACUUUAGGUUUUCAGCCAAGAGGAUCAAAAUCCGAUGAUGAUAUUAUUAUUCUAGAAACUCUUUUAAACCCUUACCAAAAUGGUGUUAAUAUUAAUAAUUUUGAUGCUAGCGUAUAUGCUGCAACAGAUGACUUUUUGAUGAUUUCACCUAUCACAAGUGGCAAAACUCUUGAAGAUUCUAUGGGGAAAUUUCCAAGUCCACUUGGUCCUAAAUUAAUCUCCUUGUUGGAAACUUUAGGAUAUCCUACCAAACGAUUGCCAAAUAAUAAUUUCAAAGUUUGUAACAUUCCUUCGCCUCCUUCAUCACCUUCUCCAUCAAAGACUGUAACGACUGCCGUAACGACUUCUGUUACGACUCAAAUUACAACAACAGUUCCUGUGGUUGUUACAACGACAAUUCAACAAGAUAAUACUAGUGUUGUUUCAACUCAAACUCAAAAUGUUGUAACAAAAGUUGAGUCCGUGUCUCAAAGUGUUGUUACAACAGUCGUAGUUGUAGACGCUCCACAGUCACAGCCAAUUCCUUCCCCGACAAAUUCCGAUGACCCUUUUCAAGGAGGAAUUUAUUCUAGUGGCUUUAAUAUGUAUUAAUUUUUAAAAAGAUAUUUAAUUUUGGUAAUUUUUAAUCCGGAGAUUGAAUUUCAAAACCUUAGAAAAUUCUUAUAAAAAUAAAGAUGCAAAUGUAUUAUAAUACGUAACAUGUGGCGGGACAAUAAUUUUUUAAAAUUUCCUAUUUUAAUUCGUCACAAUUAUAAACAAAAUUACAAAAAAAUUACUGAAUAAAGAAAUAUAAUGAAUUUACGCUAAACCACAACUAUUCAUGUCUUGUCUCCAAAAAAAGGUAGUUAAAAAUUCAUUCAUUAUGAUAUUUCUAUAAUAGAUUGUAUCAUCAAAGAUUUCAACUUCGAAAUUCUAUGAAAAGAAUUUUUCGUAUUU